AUAUCAGACACUCACCCUUGAAAACUUUUCUGCAACCUGUGCUUCUAAACACUCAUUUGCAGCCUCCCCUCCCUCUCUAUUAUGCACCAUCAUUUUCUCAGGAAACUAAAGCUGUUUUGCACUUAACCGACAUACCUAUUUUUUACCUCUUAUGAUUCUUCACCAAUUAAGCAUAAUCAUGAUCAGUCUAUUUUUACUCCUUACACAUAAUGUUUCAUAUCCCAAUAUUCCAGUCACUAGAGGUACCACUUUCUAGUCCAGUCACCAUCUCCCUUUUAUCUCUCUAUCUCUCUCUUUUUAUUCUCUCUCAUGAUGCAAUUUACUGAAACCCUACCUUCACCACCACCACUCCACCAGACCACUAAACCAUGCCAAAACUUCACUCCAAUGAACCCAAACCAAACCCAUCGAACCCGUCCCUGGCCUGGCUUUCCAGCGCCUAAUAAGGCUCUGGGAACCUUCGGGGACGCCAACUGCAUGGAGCAGUUGCUGGUUCGUUGCGCUAACGCAAUCGAAAGCAACGACGCCACUCUCUCUCAACAAAUCUUAUGGGUCCUAAACAAUAUCGCGCCAUCCGAUGGCGACUCUAACCAGCGGUUAACUUGCGGGUUCCUUCGGGCGUUAAUCGCCCGAGCUGCUAAAACUGGAACCUGCAAGAUGUUAACCGCUGCGCUUUCAAAUUCUAACAUCACUAUUCAAACACAUAAAUUUUCCAUCAUCGAGCUCGCGAGCUUUGUCGACUUGACCCCAUGGCAUCGGUUCGGGUUCACCGCCGCCAACGCAGCCAUACUCGAAGCCAUUGAUGGAUACUCUACUGUCCACAUAAUCGAUUUGAGUCUUACACAUUGCAUGCAAAUCCCUACUUUAAUUGAUGCAAUGGCUGGGAAACUAUCAGAUGGUCCACCACUGGUCAAGCUCACGAUAGCAGGAGCCACUGAAGAUGUCCCUCCAAUGCUAGAUCUUUCGUACGAUGAGCUAGGAGUCAAGCUAGUCAACUUUGCUCGUUCAAGAAACAUAAUCUUGGAGUUUAAUGUAAUCCCUUCAACCUCUUUAGAUGGAUUUUCAUCACUAAUCGAACAUCUAAAGAUUCAAACACUAGUACACGGUCAUGAGACACAUGAAGCAUUGAUAAUAAACUGUCACAUGAUGCUUCAUUACAUCCCAGAAGAAACCACCACAACGACACCGUUUUCAUUCGAAGAUUCGACACCGAGAGCUUUGUUCUUGAAACAAAUCAGAAGUUUAAACCCAACCCUGGUAGUUUUAGUAGAUGAGGAUGCUGAUUUCACAUCAAAUAACUUGGUUUGCAGAUUAAGGUCGGCUUUUAAUUAUUUAUGGAUUCCGUACGACAUAGUGGACACUUUUUUACCUAAAGGAAGCAAGCAAAGGCAAUGGUAUGAAGCUGACAUUUGUUGGAAGAUAGAGAAUGUGAUAGCCCAAGAAGGGUCGCAUAGGAUCGAACGGCUCGAGCCGAGAGGGCGAUGGGUCCAGCGGAUGAGGAACACGGGGUUCCGAGGGGUUGGGUUUGGAGAAGAUAUUGUGGGAGAGGUGAAAGGGAUGUUGGAUGAACAUGCAGCUGGAUGGGGGUUGAAGAAGGAAGAAGAUGAUCUUGUGCUUACAUGGAAAGGACAUAAUGUGGUAUUUGCAACAGCUUGGGUACCAACGUGAUAUGAUAGUUUGUUUGAAUUGACUCAUAAUGAUAUGAUCUUAUUUUGGUAAGUAGAUUUGAUGUUAUUAGAUCAUCUUUUUUCUUUUUGUUGUUGGUAGCAUCUCAAUUUUAAGAAGGUCAGUGACUGUUUUUAGGCUAAUAAUUUAACAUAUUUAAUGAUCAUAUAUCAAAAUAGUUAUGUCUUUCUAAUUAA